AAACCCGAGAAUCCUCUCCAUUGUUUCCGGCCCCCCUUCGCCCUUCACAGGGCCUCCUCUUCGCUCACUAUCCCCUUAUCCCCCCUUAUGAACCCCAGAUCGCAGUAGCAGAAUCGAUUUACCUUUUGAUUAUUACUCUUAAUUUCACUUUUCUCUAUCUGUAUAUCAACCUGAUCAUGGCGCAAUCUGAAACCCUAGAUUUAUCUUCACCUUCUUCGUCUUCGUCAGAUCCACAGCUGUCACGGAGCUUGUCGUCCAGUCGGCUUAACGCGCAGGCUCCGGAGUUUGUGCCGACACGGCCGGCGGUUACUCAGUCGCAGCAACAGCAGGCGCCGCAUAGGAUUAUUAUACCUCCGCCUUCUCCGCCUGCUAUGCUGCACGUUUAUACGUCUCCGCCUCCGUUUCAUGUUCCAGUUCAUAGCCCUGUGCCUAUGCCGGCUCACGUGGUUCCGGUUCAUCAUCAUGUGCCUGUUCGGAAUCAUCAGAAUCAUCACCAUCAUCAUCAGUAUUAUGGUGGUGGCGGUGGAGAGCAGGAGGGCGAGGGAGGGAAGAGAGAUAUUAAGGAUCAGAAGGAUCACAGUGCGUCUUCGAAGAAUGGAUUGUCAGAGGAAGCUGUGCAGAAGAUUUUGAAUCAGGUGGAGUACUAUUUCAGUGAUUUAAACCUUGCCACCACUGAUCAUCUUAUGAGGUUCAUCAACAAGGAUCCUGAAGGAUAUGUACCCAUGUCUAUCGUUGCAUCUUUUAAGAAGAUUAAAGCCUACACAAGCAGUCAUUCCCAACUUGCUACUGUUUUGCGGAACUCAUCGAAGCUUGUUGUUAGCGAAGAUGGUAAGAAAGUAAGGCGCCUGCAUCCCCUAACCAAGUCAGAUAUGGAAGAGUUGCAAUCUCGUAUAAUUCUUGCUGAAAAUUUGCCUGAGGAUCAUUGUCAUCAGAACCUUAUGAAGCUCUUCUCUGCUGUUGGGAGUGUGAAAACAAUCCGCACAUGUCAGCCUCAACCUUCUGGCAGUGGGGCAUCUUCAGCAUCUAGAUCAGGAAAAACUGAUGGCAUGCAUUUUAGUAACAAGUUGCAUGCAUUUGUGGAAUAUGAAUCUGUUGAACUUGCUGAGAAGGCAGUUGCAGAGCUAAAUGAUGAGAGAAAUUGGAGGAGUGGCCUUAGGGUUCACUUAAUGCUUAAACAUUCUACAAAACCUGUUCAUGUAAGAGGGAAAAAGGGCCAUGAUGGUGAAGAACAUUAUGAAGAAGAUGAUACUUACACAUCUGAGCAGCAGCCAAGUGAGAAACAACCAGAAGAUCCUUCUCAGUUAUCUGAUGUACAUGCACAUGACCAUUUGGGAGAGGAGCCUGUCAAUGACAAAGAGGGUGGGCAGAGAAAAGGGCGAAACCGGGGCCGGGGCAAGGGACGUGGGCGGGCUCAGUAUCAUCAGAAUAACCAUCAUAACGGCCGUGGAAACCAUGUGGGUGCAUCCCCUUCAAACAAUAUGGUCAUCAAUGAGCAGGCAACCAUAGCGAAGCAACCCCCUGGUCCUCGUAUGCCAGAUGGAACAAGAGGAUUUGCUAUGGGCCGUGGGAAGGCGGUUGUUAAUACAGCCUAACUGAAUUGCUACAUCUAGAUCUUAUGACUGAGCCGAGAUAUAUUGGGUUGGGGAGAUGUAUCUGUUAUGUGGUACUUGAUGGCAGGGUUUUAGGAGGGCUGUCCAUCCAUAGUAAGUUUAUUAGAUACCGGUGAAGAGACCAUAGUCCUAUAUAUAUAUUAAAAGUACGUGGGUAUGGAUGAUGCAAAAAAAACUUCUGCAUGUUUUUGCUUUACUUUUAAAAUUUUAGCUCCAGCUUAAGGAAGAAAAACAGAACCCAAGUUGGGGUAACCAAUAUCUAUAGAAAAAUGUGAGUGGAAAUGCAAUAAAAUGGUUA